UCCAGGUUCAAUGUGAAGUCCGAAGAGGAGGGCAGCACCAGCGAGAGAUAUCUGCUCUAUAGAGAAUGGGCUCAUCCCAAAAGCUUCUACAAGAUGCAACCACUGAACCUCAUCAGGAAGUAUUACGGGGAGAAGAUCGGCAUUUACUUUGCCUGGUUGGGUUUCUACACAAUAAUGCUGACUCUGGCUGCCGUUGUGGGUCUGGGAUGUUUCAUUUAUGGAUUCCACACUCGAGGUACCAGCACCUGGAGCGAAGAGGUGUGUAACCCUGCCAUUGGAGGACAGAUAGUGAUGUGUCCACAGUGUGACAGAGAGUGCGUAUACUGGAAGUUAAACAGCACCUGUGAAGCUACAAAAGUGAGUUUUAUUUCAUUUCAACACUAAAAUAAUCUGUUUUAU